AUGUCAGACAAAAAGGAUGGCACACCAUUAAGUAGCAGCUCUCUAGCGCCUCCUUUCCCAUCUCCAUGCACUUUGAGAACAGCACUUGCUCGAUAUGCAGACCUUCUAAAUUCACCAAAAAAGGCUGCUUUAUCUGCUCUAGCUGCUUAUGCUUCUAAUCCAAGCGAAGCUGAACGAUUAAGAUAUCUAGCUUCUCCUGCAGGAAAGGAUGAAUAUUCUCAAUGGGUAGUUGCAAGUCAGAGGAGCCUUCUUGAAGUUAUGGCAGAAUUUCCUACAGCUAAGCCUCCUCUAGGUGUUUUCUUUGCAGCUAUAGCUCCUCGCUUGCAACCUCGAUAUUACUCUAUAUCAUCUUCUCCAAGGAUGGUACCUUCUAGAAUUCAUGUCACAUGUGCGUUAGUGCAUGGACCAACACCAACAGGAAGGGUUCACAAAGGAGUUUGUUCAACCUGGAUGAAGAAUUCAGUUCCAUUAGAAGACAGCCAAGAAUGUAGCUGGGCUCCUAUUUUUGUGAGACAAUCAAAUUUUAAAUUGCCUGCAGAUACCUCUGUACCAAUUAUCAUGAUUGGUCCUGGCACAGGUUUGGCACCCUUUAGGGGCUUCCUGCAGGAAAGGUUGGCAUUGAAAGAAUCUGGAGCUGAACUUGGCCCUGCUAUUCUCUUCUUUGGAUGCAGGAAUCGUGAAAUGGACUUCAUUUACGAGGAUGAGUUGAACAAUUUUGUAAAAGCAGGAGCACUGUCUGAGGUGAUUGUUGCCUUCUCUCGUCAAGGUCCAGCCAAAGAAUAUGUGCAGCACAAGAUGGCUGAAAAGGCUGUGGACAUUUGGGACAUCAUGUCCAAGGGUGGUUACAUAUAUGUCUGUGGUGAUGCUAAAGGCAUGGCCAAAGAUGUCCACCGAGUUCUUCACACCAUAGUUCAAGAGAAGGGUUCUCUGGAUGGCUCCAAGGCUGAGAGCAUGGUGAAAAAUCUGCAAAUGGAAGGGAGGUACUUGCGCGAUGUCUGGUGA